AUGGCGACUAAAGUUGUUGUUUCCAUUUUUAUAGAAUUUCAAAAUUACAAUGGAUCUACAAAAAGAUCGUGUAGUUUACUGAAACCCUUGAAUUCGGAAUAUGGGAAAGUCGCCCCGGGUUGGGGGACUACUCGUUUUAUGGGGAUCACAAUGGCUUUAUUCGCUAUAUUCCUAUCUAUCAUUUUAGAAAUUUAUAAUUCUUCCAUUUUACUGGACGGAAUUUUAACCAAUUAG